AUGCAGAAAAUCCAAGAAGAAGAAAAGAAUCUCCAAGAUUUGAUGACAAAUAAAUAUAUUGUUGCGAUAAACCAGAUAAAACAACGAUUUCAGAAUGAUUUUCCACCUGUCCAAGAUGAUCCUGAGAUUGUUGCAUUAAAAGAACAAUUUACAACUGAACAAAAUAAUCUUCAUUCAAUUAAAACUCCAGGAACAGGCAAUGGAGAAUUUGCAUUGUUAAAUGCAACUGUAGAAACAUUGCAAAACGAGUUGAAUGGUCAGAAACUCUCAAUAGAUAAAGAAAGAGAAACAAUUUUGAAUUCCUGGAAAAAGCAAAUUGAAGAUGAAGAAAGAAGACAUCAAAAUAUUGGAGAAGGACCUUCAACAAGAGGCAGAGAUCAGUUGAAACAUACUUUGCAGAGUCAAAUAGAUGGUGUCAUUGAAUCAAGAGAGAAUGAUGAAAAGAAACUUCGUGAUAUCCUUAAUUUGUUAAAUUCAGAAUCAGAAAGAGUAUCAAAAUUAUAUCAAACAGAAUUAGAAAAUCCUUUGCAUCAAACUCAAGUAGAUUCUCUUAAGAAUGAAUUAGAAAAUGUUGAUGAAAUACUUGAGAAUAUGAUAAAGACUGCGAAUAACAAUAAAACACAAGAAAUUCAAGAAAUGAAAGAUUCGAUUUCGAAAUUAAAUGUUGAUAUUUCAACAAAAAUUGAGAAAUUGAACCAAGAAAUUAAAUCAGAAAAUGAGAAUUCAGUAAAUCUUCUUGAAAAAGCAAAGAAUGAUCUAGAAGAUAUAAUAGAAAAGUCAAAACAUGAUGAUAAAACAACUUCUCUUGAAUUAUCCCAGAAUUUGGAGAAAAUUCACAUUAAAAAUGACAAUGAAAUUGAUUCGACAAGGAUCAAGAUUAAGCAGCUUAAAUCGAAGAUUGCUAAUGAUAAGAAUACCAAUGAAAUCAUUAUCUCAAGUACUAAGUCACAGAAUGAGAAAGACUUAGAGAAAGCAGAAAAGAACUUCCAAAAAGAAGUCCAUAAAUUACAAUGUAAUUUAACUGGUUUGAGUGAUUUCCUUGAUGAAAAAAUCCAAGUUUUGGAAGAAGAAGUCCAGAAAUUAAAUGCAAACUUCGAUAUAACGAAACCUAGAGAGUGUGAUGUUGAAAAGAUUGAAAUGCUUGAAAAGAAACUUGUCGAUACAACUGCAUUCCUCAAAUCUCAACUUCAAGAAUUUAUGCAAAUUAAAUCUUUGAUUGUUUCAAGAGAAAAUGAGUACAAUAAGAGAUUCGGAAGUGGUCCCAAGGUAGGAACAUAUAGUAUGCAACAACCACAUUCUGCUCAUUCACAACGUGGAUUUGUGAAUUAA